UGGCUCGGACGGUCGAGGCGCAAACAACGCGCCCGAGCCUCGCGAAUCGCCUCUCACGGUGUUGUCACCGCGGUAAACGUGGUACCGUCUGCGCCAGCGAAACGCGAUGUCGGCCAAGUACCAAGCGAGCGAGGUCGCCAAGCACAAUCAUCCCGACGACCUGUGGCUCGUGCUACACGGCAAGAUCUACGACGUCACCAAGUUCCUCAAGGAGCACCCCGGCGGCGAGGAGGUGUUGAUCGGCCUCGCGGGCACUGAUGCCACUCUGUGCUUCGACGACAUCGGCCACUCGCAGGAAGCCAAACAGCUCAAAGACUCGUACGAGAUCGGCGCCUUGGACGGCGUGAUGGCGCCGUCGACGACGACGACGACGACGACCACCACGGGAUCGAGCGACGCGACUGGCGACGACGACGACCAUUGGGAGUACGUGGAGACGAAGGCCCAGUCGUCGCCUUACAUCCCCGUCUUCAUCGCUCUCGGCGUGCUCGUCUACGCCGUGCUGUUCUACUACGUAUUCUACUGAGUGUCGUCGUCCGAAAGCGUGCGCGAGUGUGUGGAAAUUAAAGGAAAAAAGAAAAGCAAACGAAAAACAAAAUAAAG